UGGCGUCUAAUUUAAAUAUAUAAUAAUAGUUAUUUUAUUAGGAAAACCUUAAUCGUUUAUUUGGCCUUACUAAUCUUUAUAGGUAUCUUUCCCUUCAACCUCAUGAGUGUAGUACAGUACAGUACAGUACAGCACAGCACAGUAUAUAAUAUAGUUUUCAGUUUUGUUUUUUUCGAAGUUUAAAGUUUUUUCCAAAUAUGAAAGUUUUUGAUGUUUUUUCUUCAUUCGAUGAAUUUGAAAGAGUUUUAAGUCACUACAAAGACAAAAAUUAUGUCGACUAUUAUAUCAAAGACUGCAAGACCCUGGCAUCAAUCAAUGCUAAAUUCCCAAAUGGGAAAAUGGUAACAGCAUCAACCAAAAUUAAAUAUUACUAUAUUAAAUAUUGUUGUGUGCAUGGAGGAUGCCACAAAAAAAAAAAAAAUACUUUAGACCAACGUGUCACCUCGUAAGUACACUUAUAGUUUAUACAUAUUUAUACAUAUUUCAUUUUAUAUUACCUAGUUACAAUAUAUAAAAUAUAUAAAUAAAUUUAUAUUCAAAUGUUUAAGUACAAUGCGCCAAUGUUGUGAAGCUUUUAUUUAUUUAAAAGCUUCAGCAAAUGGACAACAGUUAGAAAUAACUAAAAUGAACGAGACUCAUAACCACGAGAUAUCAAAAAUAUUGUACAGCCAUCUUCCCAAUCAGAGAAAGAUCACACCGGAAAACAAGGCCAUAGUUAUAGAGUUGAUGGAUAUGAAGGCGAACAAAAAACUUAUACAAGAUAAAAUCAUGAAAGAAAGCGGUAAAAUAGUUACACUUAAGGAUUUAUCCAACAUCCGUACCACAGCUGGAAAUCAUUGUUCAAAAAAUGAUUUAACCGAAGUUGUAACUAAAUUAAAGAGGAAAUUCAACUGUACUGUAGAGGUAUCAAUAGACGAAGACAAUAAUUUAAACGGUAUUUUUAUUCAAGAUAUGAUUAUGGUAGAAUCAUUCAGUUCAUUUCCAGAGGUAGUUUUUGCAGAUGCCACGUACAAAUUACUUGAUCUGAGGCUUCCCGUUUAUGUUUUAAUGACUGAGGAUGGCAACGGGAACAGUGAAAUUGCAGCGAUUGGACUGUUGGUAAAUGAGGAAGAGUCAACUUUGCGUUGGUUUUUUGAAACAUUCAAAAAGAACAACCCAAUAUCAAUUCAAACUCGCGUAUAUGUAACCGACAAAGAUAUGAAGGAGAGAAAGGUAAUAAGGCAAGUAUUUCCAAAUUCUUCAUUAACAAUAUGCUUAUUUCACACAUUACGGACCUUCAAUCGGGAAAUAACAUGUGAAAAAAGAAAUAUAACUCCCAAAGAAAGGGAUGAUGUGAAACUGAUAUUUCAAGAAUUAACAUACUGCAAAUCCGAAGAAAUAAAUCCAAAUAAAAUGAAGCCUAAAGCGCAGUUUCUCAAGGAAAAUGAAAGAUACAACAAAGAAGAUUUUGUUUUUAAAUAAUGACUGUUGGUAUUCGGAUAAAUUCUGUAUUUUUGUGAUUUAUUAUACUAUUAUAAAAAGAAUAAAUAUUAAGUAACUAUUAAAGUA